UCGUCAACGAAUACCUCUCCACUCUUCGACUCUUCACUCAUUGGUGGAAGCCGUUGGCAGAACUUCAUUCCCGGCAGAAAUUCGACCAUCCUUUUCGAUCUUACAAAUCUCACAAAACCCAUCCCUCCGACGGGGCCACUAAUUCUGUUUCUUCCUCUCAGUAGGAAACUCACCAUCGACGCAAGGCCAUGGCAGUUCUCAUCUACAGCAGUUGAAAUCUGGUGAAUAUAAGUCAUUCGAGCUUCGAAUCACAUCAUAUGGCUCGGAAAAUUUUUCAAUCAGAAGUGGUAUUGGAAGAAUGGAAUGGUUCUUCUUCGUUGGAGCUUCGGAAGACUGCCAUUCUAUCCGCUUCUCCUUCCCUCCUCAUUCAAAGAUCUGGUUCCCGUUUCAGACUCGUGGGGAGACGAUUCUUUGACGCCUUUGUACCGGAGGGGUUUCCUAGUAGUGUGACCCCCGAUUAUGUUCCUUUUCAAAUAUGGGACUCAUUGCAGGGUCUAUCAACAUACAUUAGGACCAUGCUCUCUACCCAAGCUCUCCUGAGUGCCAUUGGGGUUGGAGAGCAAUCAGCUACUGUCAUUGGUGCUACAUUUCAGUGGUUUUUGAGGGAUUUAACUGGAAUGCUUGGAGGCAUCUUAUUCACAUUUUACCAGGGAUCUAAUCUGGACAGCAAUGCCAAAAUGUGGCGCUUGGUUGCAGAUUUCAUGAAUGAUCUUGGUAUGUUGAUGGACCUCGUUUCCCCCUUGUUUCCUUCAGCAUUUAUGCUUAUCGUUUGCUUGGGGAGCUUGUCAAGAUCAUUCACCGGUGUGGCAAGUGGAGCUACUAGAGCUGCUUUAACACAACAUUUUGCCCUUCAGAACAAUGCUGCUGAUAUAUCUGCCAAGGAAGGAAGUCAAGAAACAGUAGCAACAAUGAUAGGCAUGGCGAUUGGUAUGCUUCUUGCUCGUAUCACUAUGGGAUGCCCACUGGCCAUCUGGCUUUCUUUUCUAUCCCUCACAUUGUUUCAUAUGUACGCAAAUUACAAGGCUGUUUGCUGCCUUUCCUUGACUUCACUCAACCCUCAGAGGUGUUCGAUUGCUUUGCAGCACUAUAUUCAGACUGCCCAAGUUCUCUCUCCUCAACAGGUUUCUAAGAUGGAGCAUGUUUUACCCGCAUGGGCUUCGUCAUGGAGUUUAAGGAGCAUUAAGUUAAUCCAUACACGUGUACGGUUAGGAGUGAGGGUCUCCUCUCUUCAUCACACAGAAAUAAAGGAGCUGUUGCAUUUGGCAGGUGCUAAUAAUAACGAUAAAAAAGAGAAGUACCUUCUAGUGGAGAGGGAGGGAACUAUCAGUGUUAUUGUGCAAAAAGAUGCAACUGCUAAUGACAUCUUCCAAUCAUUCGUUCAUGCACUUGUUAUGGCUUAUGUUCCUGAUCAGGAGUCCAGACAUUUGGAAAGCAUGUCAUGGAUGGAUAAACAUUAUGAAUGUUUUAUUGAAAAGCUGAAGAUAUCAGGAUGGAAAACAGAUCGUCUACUUUCUCCUUCUGUUUGUUGGAGAGCAAACUGGGGGUCUAGGAAAACCGAUUAAACUUCAGUGGUCAUUAACCAUAAAAGAGCAACACGAGGACGUAAUUUCUAAUUUGACCAUAUUGGUUGAUUCAUCAUCCAUGCUUGGAUGGAGCAAAUCUGCAAACAGAUUCAUUCUGGUCUUAUAGUAGUUAAGGAAUAAACAACAGUUUAUUGAUUAUGGUUUUUGAUAUUCUCUAACUGAGUGCUUCUUUUGAUGAUACCUGGCAGCAAAUUUUUGAAAAGUAUGCAUUAGUUCUUGCAAUUAAUGUUUAAAUUCAAGAGUAGAAAAGAGUUGGGAUUCUUUUAAGCAUAAGCUCAACUACCUAAGUAUUGGGUUUGCUGGAUGUAUGAUUCAGAAUUUGGAGGAAAAAUGAGAGUUGUCAUACUGUUUAGAGA